GAAGGUCCACUUCCAUCUUACCAACCGUGGCAAAAUACCCUGUAAACUUAGUUUACAGGUGAAAACUGUCCUCAAUAAGAUGUCCAUGCGUAGCUCUGAGGUUUUUGAACUGAGCCCUACUCGGAUGAGUAUCCCCAGUCACUCACAUGCCUUUGCUACAAUUACCUUCACUCCCCAGAACAUGCGGACCUACCUUAGAGUGUUUGAAUCCUCUCUAGAAUGGGCAGCCAGGAGCAAGGUGCUGGUGUUUGAUUUGCUGGUAGAGGGUAAUUUGCCCUGCAUAACUAUUCUAAAACCAAUCCAGAGGAUUGAACAUGGACAGCCAGUCCUGCAGUUCAAGCGGCUGCUGGUAGACAAGAGACAUAUCCUAGCUCUGGUCAUCAAUAACAUUAGCAAUGUACCUGCGCAGGUUAGCAUUGAUCUGCUUGACAAGAUGGGAGUCUUUGCUUUAAGGGCAGCUCCUGACACCUUAUGCAACCACAUCUCCUCUUCACACAUUGCAAGUGAGCCUGGAACAGGCCAGUAUUGA